ACAGCCUCCAUUACGAUAUUAAUCUAGCUAGAGUUAUACUAAGCCGAAGAACAAGAACCUCUGGGAGUCGAUUGAUAUAUUAAUCAUAUCGUGAUGGCGGGAGAGCAUAUCAGUGCAGGAGUGUUGGUGGGUGCCGUGUUGGCGGCGCUUUUGCAGUGUGGGAUAGCGCAAACAGUGCAUGUGGUGGGAGAUGACCUAGGAUGGGUCAUCCCGCAGGGUGGCGCAAGUUCUUAUGAUGCUUGGGCUGCUUCUAAGACAUUUGUGAUUGGUGAUACAUUAGUGUUCAACUUUGCUACCGAUCAUCAUGACGUGCUCGAAGUGCCGAAAGCAUCAUUCGACUCAUGCAGUUCGGCCAACCCGAUUGGCUCACUCAUCACUACUGGACCAGCAAAUAUAACCCUCAGCGCUGCCGGAGAACACUACUAUAUUUGCACCUUCAGCCAGCACUGCUCGCUUGGCCAGAAACUCAGCAUAACGGUCUCCCCUCCUGGAGCCUCACCAUCACCAAGAGCUGCCUCAACUCCGAUUCCUCCACCCAGCAACAACACCGAACCUGCGGCAUGUGCACCUGAUCUGGUCCCAUCUCCCAAGGCAGCUGGUGGGCCGGCUGCUACUUCUCCGGGGAUGGGAACUCCUCCUCCGCCUCCAGGCUCCUCUUCACAUGCGAUCACAGCUAGCCUUUUGUUCCCCAUCAUCUCCAUCUUCGUUAGUUGGUUCAUGUAGUGUAGAGAGGGAUUUGCUUUGAGGUUUAUUAAUAGCUUUUCCUUACAUUUGUCAUGGAAUAAAUUAUCAUUUUUCUACUUCUUUUGUAAUUUGUAUUCUGUAACAUUGCAUCAUAUGUCAAUGGAUUUAUUCUUUUAAUCGGA